AUGUUUUCAUACUAUUUUACAAUAUUAUUAUUCAUUCUCUCUGCUGCCACACAACUUCCAAAUCUAGUAUGGUGUAGCAGCGGUGGCUUUUCUGUUGAGCUAAUCCAUCGCGACUCCCCCAAGUCGCCGCUACAUGACCCAAAUUCUACGCCUUCCUCCUGCAUCCGUGCGGCUGCUGAGCGCUCUCGUUCUCGUGCCAUCUACUUUCGCGAUGCUAUUCGGAAGGCCCAUCUGUCUUCCUCCGCACUCCCAAUGGACGAUGCUAGCAACUUUUACUCGGAGAUCACCCCAAAUAGCUAUGAGUACCUCAUGAGCUUCUACCUUGGCACUCCGGCCAAAAAGAUUCUCGCCAUCGCCGACACAGGAAGUGAUCUCAUAUGGGUCCAAUGUGAACCCUGCAAAGAAUGCUACCCUCAGAGUGCCCCUCUUUUCGACCCGCAAUCUUCCUCUAGCUAUAAAACAAUCGCUUGCAAUACUGAUUCUUGCUCGAUGCUACCACAAAGCAGUUGCGACUCCUCCUCCCAGUGCAACUAUCAAUAUGGCUAUGGUGAUAAGUCAAUUGUCGAAGGCAUACUCUCCACAGAAACAAUAGGCUUUGACUCUACAGGCGGCCGUCCAGUACAAAUCCCCACUCCCCUCUUCGGGUGCACCCAUCAAAGCAAUGGCACAUUUGACAAGAAUGAUGCUGGACUUGUUGGCCUUGGUGGAGGAAAGCUCUCACUCAUCCGCCAGCUCGGCUCUACCAUUGGCAACAAGUUUUCAUAUUGCUUGCCCUCAUCAACCCAAACCUCUGCAACUAGCAAGGUCGUCGCUGUUGGAAAGCCCAUGCAAGCAAAGGGGUCAGCUCAAGGAAAUAUCAUCAUAGACUCAGGCACAACUCUCACACUCAUUGAUGAUAAUACACUGCAAGCCCUUGAGAGUAAUGUUAAGAGUAGCAUCAGCCUUCCCCAGGUCAAAGAUCCAAAUGAUGUCUUCAACCUUUGCUUUGAUGUCUCAGGGACUGGUGCUUCAACGCAGUUUCCAGAGAUCACCUUCCAGUUUUCUGGUGGUGCACCAGUGGCUUUGCAACAGCCUAAUGCUUUUGUGGAGGCUGGGCAAAAUAUUUUGUGCCUUGCCAUAAUCUCUAGUGGCUCCAUCACCGAUUCUAUCAACAUAUUUGGCAAUAUCGCACAACAAAACUUCCAUAUUGGCUAUGACCUCGCCUCCAUGCAGCUAACUUUUGCACCAACCAACUGCGCCUAA